AUGGCUGUUGAGCCACGCACUCACUGGCCGAUUCACGCUGCGCUCGUCUCUUGUUGGAUCCCAUGUCUGACUCGUCAAAACCGUCAAUCUCUCGAAAAAGCGCUUUCUCAUGCGAGGCAUGUCGCAAGCGCAAGAACUCCAACGCUGUCGUACACGCGAACCCUCGAAUCACGCAUUGCAAAACUAGAGGCGGAGCUGGCAAAGUAUAGAAAUGAGGCCCAGAACCGCAAUGGCGGUGACCCAGAGCAACAGGACCAGAGCCUGAAGACCGAAGAAUCAGACCGACCGUCAUCUAUUGAUUCUCUCGAGCAACGUCGUGAAGAUGAUAAGGAAUCAGUUGAUCUGCUCUCUCGGGAUAUUGAAGGUCUAACGGUGGAAGAUGACGGGCGCAUCUCUUUCCAUGGGCCAACAAGUCUGUUUCAGCUGCCGAGCGGUUUGGCAGAGACUGUUAACCCGACUCUGCCUGUCGAUAAUGAGUCUGAUGGUCGAAAGGAGCGUCUGAUUAACAAUGCAUGGAGAGAACGUGCUUUUGAGCAGUUGACUACCAUCCCAGAGCCAUUCAACUACCUGCUAGAUUCCCAUUGGUGUUGGAUACAACCUUUGUUUAAUUUCGUCUACCGUCCAGCUUUCACACGUGAUAUGAAGAUGAAUGGCCCUUACUUUUCGGAAAUACUCCUUAACGCAAUUCUCUCCCACUCACUUCGGUGGUGCAGGGACGAACCGAAGAUUGCCCGUAUGCUUGAUGCAUAUGACGGAGGCCAGCAAUUCCGACAACGAGCCGUUACGGGUUUAUUUGAAAGCUUGAAAGGCGGAAAUGGCCAAAUCACUGUUGUUCAAACCCUUCUUCUUCUCAGCGCUCAGGAAUGUGGACGUGGAAAUCGGACUCAGGCAUGGUUAUACAGCGGGAUGGCGUUUCGCCUAUUAGAAGACUUGGGCAUAACCAUCGAUAGCCGGAAGUACUCUGGUUCUGUGCAGUUCUCGGAUGAAGAUGUUGAGAUAAGAAAUCGGCUCUUCUGGAGCUGCUACUUUUGGGACAAACUGGUGUCAUUGUACUUUGGUCGAUCCCCAAUUAUCCAGGAUACCCCAGUCUCUCCACCACGGAUUCUUUUGGAUGAUACUGCGGAGAUUGAGAUAUGGACUCCUCACGGAGUAAUAUUCCCCGAGGGCAUGCAUUACCCUCCGACGCAGGCCCACUCAACGUCAUGUUUCAUGAAAAUGUGUUCACUGGCUGAAAUACUUAAUCAAAUAAUUAUCCAUAUCUACGAUCCUGUUCGCCAAAGCACGGAGGCGCAGAUACAGGACUGUGUGGAUAAACAGGGAGCCAAUCUCGAAAAAUGGUGGAAUGAACUUCCGCCGUUCUUAAAGCUCAUUCCCAAUAACCUUCCUACAUAUUGCCCACCAAGCCAUGUUGUGACUCUCAACUGCAUUUACCACACUACCAAUAUCCUCCUACACCGCCCUAUGCUCUGCUCUAGGCCUUUCAGGACAAAAGCAAGUGCUUCAAGCAAUGCGAACCACUUGGUCCAAUGCCUCUCAUCGGCAUCCUCGAACAUAUCUCUUUAUGACCUUUUUAGACGCACUUUUGGCGAUAGCCAUGUCGUCCUCUCCCUUGCAUAUAGUUUAUAUACGGCUGCUUCUAUUUUCAUCCUUGAGAUUCAGGCAUUGAAAUAUGCUUCUCCUUCAACCUUAGAAAAACUGAGAUACUGCAUUCUAGCUCUUGAACGCGUAAAAGCUGCCAAUCCAGUCAUACACACUGCACUUGGCUUGAUUGAGAAAGAACUUAAGAAGCUCCGAAUUAACAUAUUCGAUACCCCAGCAAACCCAGAUCAGCCAACCAUCCCGGCCCUAUCCCCACAAACUACCACAUCGUCACCACCUCCUUUAGACCCGUUGCAUGGCCAACACAUGUAUACCCUACCACCGCACGGAGCGUUUAGCAUCACACCUCCUCCUGCAGACCCUCAACAGGCACGUCAGCAGCAGCAACAACCCUUACCAAACCAAAAUACCCCAUUUAUGAUGGAUACCCCCCCGCUACCUGACCCGCCUGACUUCAUUGCUCAAGAUAGAAUGUAUGACAUUGCUCCCGAGCUACUUGAAGCCUUCUCGUACGCGGAGCCUGCUACUCCUGGUGGUGUUGGAGCAGGAUUUGACACUACUAACUGGGCUGGCACUGGGCCAACAAGCUAG